AUGAGUCUCUGUCGGUCCCCAGACACACAUCCCCAUACAAAACCCUCAAAAAUCCGAGAACAGCUCAAGAAGGCCCUGGUUCUCGGUACAGUCUAUGGUCCAGAUUCACGGUUUUCCAUCGAUAUGGCAUAUGGUCUUCGUCGUGCUGGGAAAAGAUUUAAGACUAUCACAAAGAUGCAUCUUUGGUCACGAAGUCCGGACAGGUCAAAUCCUGGCUCUCAAAAGCGGUGUUACCUCCUCGAAUUGCCCACCGAGCUACUGCUUGAGAUCGUUUCUCAUCUACCCGUGCUGGCAGAGGCUUCUCUAGCAUUGACGUGUAAACGUCUCUUUGCAAUAUCCGGCGCAAUCCUGGACUCCAAGUCACUGCACUUCAAUCGGGAUUUCGCACCACUCUUCCAUCAUUACCGGAAUGGGCACAAUUUCGUUACUACUCGGUGGCAGUUCGUCAAAGUUCUAGAAAACAACACGUGGCGAGCAUGUUCGAAAUGCCUGAAGCUACAUCCACGAGGUUUGUUCUCUUCACGAGAACUCAAACGAAAACCUGAGGAACGGUCCUGUGAACUCGGGGAUCUCGCAGGCAUAGUUGACUUGUGUCCAUGCAAAAAGCUAACUUUCCGAGAUAAAAUGGACCUCGUUGAACUCUUGCUGAUGCGACAGAAAUCGAUAACAGCCUUGACUGCGCAAUUUGGAACUGAUGUCCGGGAACGAUUUUGCUGGCAUACCUGCACCGAAAACUAUGGCUCUACACAGUUGAAGAUUGAAUUAUUUCCGGAGUUAGACGAGAAUGGCCAGUUGAAGAUCAAGACUGAAUAUCAACUAUCAACGGGAUCAGGGCAGCUAGGGAAGGAAGAGUCUAUCACACCUCGAUUUGGAUGCGCACACCGAUCAGUUGAUCUCUGGCUCUCCAGCGUCUGCCAAACCACAAUUUGCCGACUGUAUGAUAGUUUCUGCGCCUCCUGCCAGCGAAUAUCCGUUUGCAACUCCUGUAAUUCUUCGUUGAAAUGCCCUCGCAAACAACCUUGUCAUAUUGACGAGAAUUCCGGAAGAGCUACAUAUUUCUUUUGGACUGAGAGAUGUCUUGGAGGGACGUCCCCUAUCCCGGAUCAAGCAUGGGCCGUGCAGAGGAUCCAUCCGGCAGAGAAUACGAUCGAUGUGGACAACUGCAGCGAGUUAUGCCCUUGGACCAUCCGCGAACACCCUCCUCUUAAUGAUCCCCCGUCUCUCGAGAUGGACAUUCUAGAACCCGGUAUGCAGAGCCAGUCAAUAAAUCAAUUAUAUGCAUCGAUUGCGAUCACCACGAAGCAUUAUCUGCGUCCUGGGGCGAUGAGCUAUCCACCACCACCACCUCAUAACGGCCAAUAUCCUUCGCAGUACCUGCAGCAGCCUCCUAUUCAACCCCAGCAGACCAUCCAGCCGCAGCAGCUACUGUACAAUAAUGCCCACUCGAACGUUUCGCCAUAUCAAUAUGGCAAGCCAGUCGUUUAUCCUCAGGUCAUGAUCCCGGCCUAUCCCGCCUACGCACACACUUAUAAUCAACAACCUCAACCUCAACCUCAACCGCCGCCGCAACCGCAACAACAACAGCCGCCACCACCGCAAUAUGUGAACCCAUCCGACUUGUUCAACACGCCGCCUCUCCCUUCUAUAUCGCCUUCCCAAUUUGCCCAAAGGCCAUCUCAAUAUGGUGGACAACCUGCGGUCUCUACCGCUGCAGCCAGUAGCGUCUCCCCUGCACUCACUACCCCCGCCGCAACGCAACCAACGUACUACACAGCUGCUAGUCCAAACCAAGGGAACCAAGUUUAUGGCAAGCCCCCACAGGCUACAUCAAGUGCUACACCAAGUACAACACCGAAGCCUACACCGAAACCUACACCGAAACCCACACCAAAGGUUACACCAAAGGCGAUGCCCAAAACUACCGCCGCGACUGCACCGAAUCCCCCAACUGUCCGACCCCCACCUGUUACGGCAACCCCCCCGGUACUGUCACCCAGGCCAGUCCCCCAAGUCUUGAUACCAGCUCCACCCCCGGAAAUACAGCAGAAACUCCAACGGCCGCCGUCCAAGAAGCAAGCGCAGCGACCGGCUGGUCAAAUGACACACCAAAAACCAGCAAAGCCCCCCAUCGACUAUCAGGUCCUCCUCCUGGCGAUGGCGGAUGAGUAUCUCAACGCGGCCCAUAGUAACGGAACUAUGGUCGCCUUACUGAAACAAGAAUUGCAAGUGGAGGAAUACUAUAAGUUGGUCGCGACGGGUCUUGGUUGCUUGGAAGCGGUGUUGAAGAACUGGAGAUUACAACCCCGAGUCGAAGCCCUUGUGCGAUUAAGGUAUGCGCGCAUUCUGUUCGAGGAGACGGACAAUGAUCUCGAAGCGGAGACCGCAUUGAGUAAAGGCAUUGACUUGUGCGAGCGGAACCGUAUGCUGGACUUAAAAUACAGCAUGCAACAUCUUUUGGCACGGAUGCUACACAAGACAAACCCUAAGGCCUCAAUGAAAGCUGUGGAUGGGAUGAUCCAGGAUGUCGAAGCAUAUCGGCACUCUGCCUGGGAGUAUGCAUUUCGUUUCCUUCGAGUAUCCCUCUCGCUGUCUUCCUCAGCCCACCAGGACUCCGUUACAGCCCUGCAACACCUACACAAGAUAGCUAAUAUGGCCAACCGCCAUGGCGAUAAGGCUGUUUCGGCCAUGUCGGCUGUCACCGAGGCCCUUGCACAUCUACAACAGGGAUCCGGCUUCGACUCCAUUGAACAGGCUCAGCGCGCCCUGGCGGUAGCUCGGAGCCACCAGCUGAAUGACGAGCUUCGCCAUAUACCGCAGCUGACGACGCUUGUGCAAAUGGUCGAUAUUUGUUGCAGCCUUCUUGAAUAUGACAUCAAUCAAUCGUCACAGAAGUUGAAGAACUUACAAGACCUGAUGGACGAGCGAUUGAACGACCCUAAUUGGCGCGCCGAUGGGUCGUUCUCCAUUCCUCUAAGUGGCAAAUCCGCAGGACCGUCGUCAAUAGACACCGGGGACAUCCUUCAGGUCCAGAAUGGCACGUUGCUCUUGAGCUUUAAUUGGCUACCUCAGCAUGACCUCUAUGCGCUUUGCUAUUUCUUAAGUUCCAUCACGCUCAGCUGCAAGAACUCCUACGAUGGCCGUAAAGCUGAGAAGUUCCUCCAGGAGGGGAUACGCAUGAUACAGGGGAGUUUCAAAUCGCCACAGGACAUCACUGAAUCAAUGGUCAAUGCGAAUAGGCGUGUAGAAUGGCGCAGGACGCUGUACUGUAACCUUCUUCUUCAACAAGUGUUCCUUGCCUGUGGCCGCACGGACUGGGACCUUGCCAGCAAAACGCUGAAGGACCUCCAACAAGAAGCGCAAGAGCUUGGCGAGUGUCUACCCGAUACUGUUCAAUGUCUGAUGGAGUACGCUGCGGGUACCAUUGCACAAGCAACUGGCGAUCUGAAAGCUGCCCUCGACGCUUUUCAAUCCCCUCUUCUUUCGUUAUCUCCAUCGACGAGCAAAACAGCCCGCAAUGACCCCCGGCGUGACAUUGCACUUAUUGCAGCCCUCAAUACCGUUCUCAUACUUCGUGAUCCAACUCAGGCGUCACACUUUCAGCUCCCCAACAUUCUGGCAACCGUUGAAUCCUUUUGCAAGGGUAGCCCCAACAAAUAUAUCCAAGCAGCUUACUAUCUGGUAUGCGCUACCGUGCAGACCGAAUCAACCAUACAAACCAAGCAGUUCCUCCAGCAAGCUCUCCAGUCAGCCACGGCAAUCAGCAACAGUCAAAUUACUUGCAUGACCCUAACAUUCAUGAGUUGGAAGUAUUUCCGUGGAGUUGUCGGUGAACAGGCCGAAAAGAGCGCGCGAGCAGGUCGUGCCAUGGCAAAGAAAGCCAACGAUCGACUCUGGGUCAGUGUCACGGACGAGAUGCUGGCAGAGACUCUGGAGAGGCAAGGAAAGAAUGAUGAGGCGAAAGGCGUCCGCGAAGAGGGCCAUCGCGUAAUGAUGGGAUUACCGCCCGCAUUGAAAAGGCCCUCCUAG